CGACUCUCGUCCGCAACGUGGCGGGAACGAGAUGUAAACACCUAGAGCCCAUGCUAUGAGCAAGAAAUGAAUAAAGUCGCUUAGUUUGUAAUGUGGUUAUGAACAAGUUACGUUCAGCGAUGCACAAAGGAAAGAGAGUCGGGCUAGAGAUGGUGAAAAAAGGAACAGCAAAGCGGAAAAAGUCAGAGACAGCUGUGAAAGAAGAAGACACCAAAAAUGACUCUGCACCGUCAACAUACCACACUUUCCCUGAUCCUGCUGAUGUUGUGCUGCUGCGCUCUCACCUCCUCAACUGGUAUGACAAGGAGAAAAGAGAGCUGCCAUGGAGGACUCUGGCUGUGACAGAGUCCGACCUCAACAUCAGGACUUACGCAGUGUGGGUGUCAGAAAUCAUGCUGCAACAGACCCAGGUUGCCACAGUAAUAGACUACUACAACAAAUGGAUGAAGCGGUGGCCCACUGUGCAGGAUCUUGCAGCUGCAACACUAGAGGAAGUGAACCAGAUGUGGGCGGGUCUUGGCUACUAUUCUAGAGGAAAACGACUGCAUGAAGGAUCUCAGAAGGUGGUGUCGGAGCUGAAAGGACAGAUGCCUCACACAGUUGACAGUCUGCUGAAACAGCUGCCUGGAGUGGGACGCUACACCGCUGCAGCUAUCGGCUCCAUCUCCCUGGGCCAGGUUACUGGAGCUGUGGAUGGCAAUGUGAUUCGGGUGCUGUGUCGCCUGAGGGCAAUCGGAGCUGACAGCACAAGUCCUCCAGUAACAGAAGCUCUCUGGAGUCUAGUUAACAAGCUGGUUGAUCCUGAGAGACCUGGAGACUUUAACCAAGCUAUGAUGGAGCUGGGAGCUCGAGUCUGCACCCCUAAAGGACCACUAUGCAGCCAGUGUCCCGUACAGACUCACUGCCGCUCCUACAGCAAGGUUCAUGCCAAACAAGAGAAAAAGUCCCAGAAGCUGUUGGGGAAGCUGGACAGAAAACCAUCCACCCUGCCUGACAUAGAAGAGUGUGUAAACAGCGGGACAUGUCCACUGUGUCCCUCUGAGCCCUGGGAUGACAAGUUGGGUGUUCAGAACUUCCCCAGGAAGCCGGCGAAGAAGCCUCCUCGUGUGGAGCGGACACUGACCUGUGUGGUGCUCAGAACGGGGGAGGAUGGGGAGGACGAGUACCUGCUCACACAGAGACCAAACAAAGGUUUGCUUGCAGGCUUGUGGGAGUUUCCGAGUCUUCUGUUGGACGACAAAAGCUCUGAGGUGAAACACAAGAGGGCGCUGUGUGCAGAGAUCAGCACCUUAGUGGGGAUCAACCUGAGUGAAAGUAACUUCAAGUGUGUGGGAGAGGUUGUUCACAUCUUCUCUCACAUUCACCAGACAUACGUGGUUCACAGUCUGAGUUUGAAGGACCGCGACACACAAACACCAACUGAAAGUACACAGUGGCUUACCAAAUCAGCUCUGCAGGAAGCUGCUGUGUCCACCGGAGUAAAAAAGAUUGUGAAGCUUUGUGAUUCUGUAGACAGUCAAAAAGAACAAACAUUAAAGGAUGGAAAAAGGAAAAAACAAGCCAACAUGAAGAAUGGAAAGAAACAUCAAACCACAAAAAAAAAAAACUGGGUGCAGCUAACAUGAGCAGCAGACAGCUCUCCCUCAGCUCCUUCUUCAAGACAGUUAAAGACGAAUCUGAUUGAUGUGUGAGAGUCCGUCUCUGCAUUUUUAUCUUUCUUUUUGUCUAUCUGUUGCUUCUAUUAUUUUCCUCUUUUGUACUUAUGACCUAAUACCUUAUAUGAUCAUGUUUCUCAAUGUAUUUUAACAUAUAGUUACUUUUUUAUUUUUUUGUGUCAGCUGUGUGUGUGUGCUUUUAAACUGUUUGAAAAUCAUAAUAAUAUCUUAUCCCAAUAAAAAUGUACUGUACAAAAUAAAUAAUAUCACUUUGC